GUUGCCCCUUCUUUUGUCCCUCUCUGAGGUUUGUGAAGACCACUGACAGGGAGACACUUUACAUGCCCUGAGGCAGCUACCUUCAAUUUCACUUCUAACCAGAGCUCUAAGAAGAUGGGCAGCAGUUUGACGCUGGUUGGGGCCCUCUGGGCUUUCCUAUCCUUUCUCACAGCAGUUGCCAGCUCGGCCAGUUACUUUGUGCCCUGUUGGCUUGUUGGUUCCCAGAUGGGGAAGCCGGUUUCAUUUGGCACCUUCCGACGGUGCACGUACCCAGCUCGGACGGAGGAGAGGCACCUGGUGAUGGUGGAAGAAUGUGGGAGGUAUGCCAAUUUUGGGGCUAUCCCCAGCUUAUCCUGGCAGAUCUGCACCGUGGUGACGGGAAUUGGCUGUGCCUUGCUGCUCCUGGUGGCGUUAGCAGCCAUCCUGGGUUGCUGUGUGGAAGAGCUCAUCUCUCGGAUGAUGGGACGCUUCAUGGGGGCAGCCCAGUUUGUAGGAGGGCUGUUGAUAAGCUCAGGCUGUGCUUUGUAUCCCUUAGGAUGGAACAGCCCAGAAAUACAGCAGACGUGUGGGAAUGCCUCCAAUCAAUUUCAGUUAGGAACCUGCAGACUUGGCUGGGCAUAUUACUGCAUGGGAGGUGGGGCGGCUGCAGCCAUGCUGAUCUGUACCUGGCUCUCGUGCUUCGCCGGAAAACAUCCCAAACCCGUAAUGUUAGUGAAGAGCAUCAUGCAGAGUGCAAAUCCAUAUGGAGUGGAGCUUGAGUGCUGCCUUAAACAAUGAGCUUUCCUGGAUACUCUCCUAAAAAAGAAGGAGGCGUGGUGGCAACAUGGUCCAAACUUCUCUGGCUGAUACACAUGAACUCCCACUUUUCUGUCGACAGCAGGAACCGAAGACUGCUCCCAACUACUGUUGCAUAUCUGGGCUAACUCCAGUCAGGUGGGGUUGCUCUAGAUUUACAUGGAUGUAACUGAGAGCACAACUUGGGCUACAAUGAUCAUAGAAACAAUUACAGUCUCCUUGUGGACCAGGUUCUAAGAACAAGAGGCCAAUUUCCUCUGCACUGUGACUCCCUUGAAAUCAGGGGAUGAAUUUGGUCCAAGGAAAAUAUUCGUGCGUUCUCUGAAUGUAAGCUAUAUCUCCAUUAAUAAUACCACCUGACUCUUAUCUAGAAUUUUUCCUCAGCAGAUCUCAAAGUGUUUUACCAAUGAGGGCAGUAUCAUUAUCCUAAUUUUACAGAUGGGGAAACAGAGGAACAGGGAGUUGCCUAAGGCCACACAGUAGGUUUGUGGUAGAGCAGGAAAUAGAACCCAGGUCUUCUGUGUCUCUACUGCACCAUCUACUUGACCACACUGCCACACUCAGGAGUGUGCGUCAGGCUGCUUUGCUAUGCUCAGCUCGCUGGUUGUGCCAGGUUAUGGUUGCUUUACAAUUGCUGGAGCAGUGCAGUACUGGUACAGAAACAGGAAACGGAGCCCCAUGUGCAGUGUUUAUCUAAA